AAUUCCAAAUUUACCCUUUUUCCCAACUCUUUUUCACGCGCCUCAUUUGAUGACUCACCUCUAUAUAAUCCCUCUUCUACCCGUCUCUCUCCUCAAACCAGAGCUCCAAGUAGCCUCCUAUGGUAGCUUGAAAAAAUAUAUAAAUAAAAAAUAAAAUAAAGUUUGACUAAUGUCUUACUCGAGAGGCGAUUCGAGUUUAGAAGACGGCGAUCGCCAACAGAACAUGGAGUCUGUUGGCGGCGCCGGCAACCGUCGCCGGAGAACUGCAAACAAUUUCUCCGGCGACGGUUGCAGGGAUCCGGAGGCGUGGAAUGCGUUUGCGGACAGUUUUAGUCAGGUGCAGUCGGUGUUGGACCGGAAUAGGAUGCUGAUCCAGCAGGCUAACGAGAACCACCAGUCGAGGAGGCCGGAUAAUAUGGUUAAGAAUGUGGCCAUCAUUCAGGAAUUGAAUGGGAACAUUACGAAAGUCGCGUCGAUUUACUCCGAAUUGUCGGGGAAUUUCGCCGGAAGGGUGAAGCAGCAACGGCAAGGAGGUGGAGGAAAGGGAGGAAGUAGCAAUGGAAGGAUGAAUAAUGAGUAAAAGGGGAAUUUUAAAGAUAAAAAAGAUUAUCUGCCUUGGUGUGAUUUAUUAGUACUAAUAAGUGGUACUAAUUGCUAGUACUAAUUAGUUUUGUCAAGGAAAAAAAAAAUAAUAAUGAAGGAGAAUUUGGCUCCUUUGUUCAAUUUUAUGUAAUUUAAGCUAUGAGAUGAGAUGUAAGGAUGAACGUUGAUUGGUAAUGAAUCGUAAUGAGUUUUUACUCUGUACUAAAUUUGUUCGAAUUUAAUCUACUAAUUUAAAAAGGAGUAAAAAA